CGUUGCAUGACGUCUUCGAAGUGCUCAGCAUGUGAAAGUAAAUAUUGAAGCAUAGCAGUUUCAUCGCAUGUUAUAUACAUAAAAAAGCAGUCAUUUGCAUAUUUUGCUGGGAUCUGAGCAACGAAAACAAACAUUUGUGUUCUGAUUGUAACUGAGUUUGUUGCGACGAAGGCACAAACUUCUGCCAAUGGAAAUAUAAACUGACAAGUGAUUUUAUUCCACAUAAUUAAUUUUUUAUGUCGAAGGAUUUGAUCUACGAGUAUAAUUUGUUUGAAGUGCUGAAGCCAAUUUCAAUUCCGGUGAAAACAGAUUAAGAAAACAUCAAUCCCCGAAAAAAAAUUGAGUGAAAUUAAUUGAUACACACCCGCAUUUGCUGAUUUAGACGAACUGAAUCGAAUGGUAUGAGGUUGUUAUGUUUUUCCAGUAUUUAAAGAUCAUCAUGUCAAUAUCCCAUGCCAAUUAAACCGGGAAUAUGAGCGAAAAAGAAGAUUAUACUACAAACUUUGUGUAUUCAUCCGAUGAUGAUUUAAAAGCAAACAUAGAAGAAACCGACGGCAAUAUUACCACAAUUUCGCAUUUAAGUAAUGAAUCCAACGAAAUUAAAGAAUUUGGUGAAGGCCAUAUCGGCACUGGUAGCCUUCUUGUCUAUAACCGUAUUACAACGAAAAUUGCUUGCACAAGAGAGUCAAUAAAGAAAGAACAAACUGCAAGGGAUGCAAAUGUCAAUGAGUAUUUGAAGCUUGCUGCUAGUGCGGAUAAACAGCAACUUCAAAGAAUCAAAGCCGUGUUUGAGAAGAAAAAUCAAAAAAGCGCUCAUAAUAUUUUGCAGUUGCAAAAAAAGUUGGAGUCUUAUAAUAAAAGAUAUAAAGAUUUUCAAUAUUAUCAUACACAAAAGCAGCAUCAGAAUGUUCGUCAACCAAGAGAGAUGCUUCGAGACGUUGGUCAAGGUUUACGCAAUGUUGGAGGAAACAUACGUGAUGGGGUCUCUGGAUUAUCCGCAACUGUUAUGUCAAAGCCAAGAGAGUUUGCACACCUUAUAAAAAAUAAAUUUGGAAGUGCGGAUAAUAUAAAUCAAUUCUCGUCCACAUGGUAUGCAGAUCACAAGGCAAUUAGCAUCAACAGAAACUUGAAUGCAGCGAAUGCUCUGGAUAAUACACCGUUUGAGUAUGAAGCAUUAAAAUUGAGCUCGGAAAUAUGCGCCAACACUUCAGAUGAUAUAAUGCUUCUCAGUCCUGAAAGGAUAAGAGAUACCGGCAGUAAAUAUAGCAAACAUGAGAGUGAAUGUACUAGUGUUUCAAGUGACAGUAUUCCGUUAAGCUCCGCAAAACAUCAAUUAGUGAGAAAACGACGCUGUGCAAAUUACAAAGCAAUGAAUGAUAUCCUUGAUGAUUUCAAACUAAUAAAGACCCAGGUUAACGGAUUUGAGAUUCUGCAUAAAGAUAUUGCAGAAAUCGCCAUUUCCUUAGACACCGAGCGAUAUCGCGCGGAGAGAUUGGAGGAGCAACUGAAUGAUUUGACUGAACUGCAUCAGAACGAAAUAGAAAAUUUGAAGCAAGCCAUAGCUGAUUUAGAAGAAAAAGUUCAAUAUCAGAGUGAUGAACGUUUAAGGGAUGUUUACGAAAUAAUGGACAACUGCCAAACAAGGGUUUCCAAAAUGGAGCACAUGUCACAGCAACAAUAUGUUACAGUUGAAGGAAUAGACAAUUCUAACGCACGGGCCGUUGUUGUUAAACUUAUUAAUAUUGUAUUAACCGUGCUCCAAGUUGUUCUGCUUUUAGUGGCGACUGCUGCAGGAGUUGCAAUGCCUUUCCUGAAAACAAGAGUUCGCGUUAUGUCAACAGUGAUUUGCAUAUUUUUGAUAAUGGUGAUAUUCAGUCAAUGGUCUGUACUCGGGCAAAUGUGGAUUCAAUCAUUUAAAAGUAUUAGGCGGUUUUUAAAACUUUAAAUAAACUACGUUCAAUUAAAAUUGUUUUACUACGCUCAUUAAAAUUGUUUUACUACUGUCAAACUUCAUUUAAAUAAAUUGAAAUCCUUUGUGCUGUGGAACAAUCAA